UGCAUAGGGAGCGGUCUGUUACAAACGUAAACUAAAACGGAUACUAAAUCUAAUGUUACUAUAGGCCUACUAAUCAGAGCAUUUAAGACUCAUUAGAUGAAAGUUAUUUGAAUAUAGGACGUUUCCUUUCAUUCAUUAAGCAGGUGACAUGUAGGUCGUGCUGGUGUCAAACGGUUGAAGCAGCAUCCAGGAUUGGAGAACAGGAGGGGAGAGAAACCCCCAGAGCAGCAUGGAGGAAGCAACAGGUUCUCCUCAGGAGGAGGCGAUCUCUCAGUUAAAGAGGGUGUAUGUGGAGGAAGCAGAGUUACCAUCAGCCAGCAACAUGCCUAGAAAUAAGGAACAUCAACUCAUGGAGUACAGGGUGUCUUUGGAGGAGGCAGAGUUACCAUCAGCCAGAGAGGAAGAUCGGUCCAGACAUGGGGGAGAUCGCACCAUGGAGCCCAGGGUGGAGGAGGAGAGACCGGUGUCACCAAGUUAUCUGUCAAUGAAGAGUGAUCAGUCGAUGGAUGUACCCAUUCAUUUUAAAAUGGGAGAUACAACUCAAGAAGGUACUCAGAUCUGCAAAGUUCAUCCCGCCAGAUCAGAAUCACCAACUCCCAGUUAUUCAGCCAUGAGUGACUCUUCAGUGGAACGCUCUAUCAACUUCAAUGAUGGAGGAUUACCAAAGAUUAAACCAGAAGACAUUCUCUGUGACCUCUGCUUUGAUGUUUUGGAAAUUGAGAAGAGAGCUGUUAAGACCUGUCAGACCUGCAAUAGCUCAUUCUGUGAGAAGCACAUCAGGAAGCACUACACUGAUGCACGGUUUCAGACACACCAGUUAGUGGAUGUGCCAGGGGGACUGGAACACUGCCAGGAUCAUCUCAAGCCCCUUGAGGUGUUCUGCUUGACUGACCAGAGGUUCAUCUGCAGUCAAUGUUCAGUGACAAAGCACAAAGGACAUGACAUUCAUCAUCAGACACAACAAGCUGGAGCAAAGCGAUCUGCUGGAGUGGGAGCCCAGAGACCACGUUGCGUUAAUGCAAUGCUGCCCCCUCCUGGUGAGAUCAGCUUCUUGUCAGUAAAGCCAGACUCUGUGACUCUGAGCUGGGGACCUCCUGAGGGUCUGGAGGGACGAAGGAAGUUCAGAGUGACCUGGGAGGGUGAUGGAGAAAAGAACAGCUUUUCAGUAACAGACUUUUACAGAGUGGUAAUAACCGGACUCCAACCUGGUCAGAAGUAUGAGUUCACUGUGGCCACUGAGGGGGACCAUGGCAACCACAGUAACCUUGUCUCAAAAUCUACAUACACAGUGGUCCCGCCUCCCAAGAACAUAAAGGUUGACCGGUUUGGACCAUAUUCCUUCAAAGUUUGCUGGUCCAGAUCUCCAGGAAUGGACCAUGUUACACAGGGUUUCCUCGUAUGCUACACCGGUGAAGGAGAAGAGCCUGUAGCGAUACAUGCUAAAGACUGCUGCACAACACUGACUGACCUGCAACCUGGUACUCAGUACAUUGUCAAAGUCUGUACUGUGUUGUACAAUAAUGAAGAGAGUGAACCUGUCAACACAACUAUCUGCACUAGUGUUCCUGCUCCAGGCAAGUUGACAGUUGUCUCAGUGGGCACCACAUCAGCCACUGUGAGCUGGGAACAUCCAGAUGGAAUGGAACAGACCCAACUCCAGUACCAGGUUUCCUGGCAGAGUCCAGGAACUAGAGACAACAGCGAUAACAAAACCAUUGAAAUUGGCUGCUCCACCAAACUGAAUGGCCUGCAACCUGCAACACAGUAUACUGUCAGUGUCUCAACUAUGUUUAAAACUGGAGAAAAAAGUGAACCAGUUCACACAACUUUUAACACUGAUAUUGAGCCACCAAGGUGCAUAACAGUUAACUCAUCGACAACAACCUCAGUAUCUCUGAGCUGGCAACCCCCUGAUGACAUGGAGGAGAAGCAAAGGUACAGAGUUGAGUGGAAAUCUGGUGGACAUUACGACCACCAUAUUGUUCAUGAGUCAUCCUAUAACAUAACUAACCUCAAGCCUGGCAGAGCGUAUGCCAUUAAAGUUGCAACUGUUGGAGACAAUGAGAAACUGAGCAAGUUUGUUGAAACGACAUCAAACACAGAACCAACCCCUCCUGAAAACCUGCAUCUGAAGAAAGUUAAAAACACAUCUGUCACAUUGUGUUGGGACACUCCAGUCAACAUGGAGGAUCUGUCAUAUUCAUUCAAGUAUUCCUGCAAUAGAGAAAACAUCGAACACAUAACUAAAAACAACAGUGCUGUUUUAUCUGAUCUGGAGCCAGGAACAUCAUACACCUUUAAGGUGGCCACUGUGCUAGAAAAUGGCUGCACAAGCUUAACCCUUGUGUUAUCUUCGGGUCAUUCUGACCCAUCAGUCAUUGUGACCCACCGUCGUAUUGCGACAGAUCCGAAGGCAGCACGAGGGUUAAGGGAAACUAUUGAUCAUAGCACAAACAAAAGUUUCAAGUGUCUAUUGGACAACUUGGGACUAGGACAUUGUUGGACAAACAAACUGACCGUAGAGAUGGUAAGACAGAUAGAUGAGAAUUCUAUGUCUGAAAAAGCUGACCUUCCAUCACAACUACAAUUAUUUUUAAAGAGGUUGCUGAUGGUGAACAUUAAAGCAAUGAAUCUAAAACAAGAUGCUUAUCAACACUCGUUACCCGACCACAAGCCAUCAAGUGAUGAAGAGAUGCCUGAUGGCUUAAAGGACAUUAACCCUCUUGAUGUCAUAACUGCUCUGUUUUUGUGCUCAGAUGGUAUCUUGCAACAAGAGCUCAGUCUUAAAUUAUCCCUGUGUCAGUUUGCUGUUCCUCUGCUGCUGCCCAACCCUGAAACACAGCAAUGCACUCUGAUGCUGUGGGCCAUGAGGGACAUUGUUAAGCAAUUUAUACCUCACCCUCCUGGUGACUCAAAAGAGUAUGUGGAGAAAAGUAUUGUAGAGACUGAGCUCCCAAUGGUGUCUUUUGUUAGAUUCGGAGAUAGCAGCUUGUCAAAGUCUAAGGUUUUAAAUGAUCUCAGUAAUUCCCAACAGACCCACAACACAUUUGUUCACCGUAACAUGAGAGCUGGGAACAUCCCAAAGACGAUAUCUGAUGGUUUAGUAGAAAUAAGUUGGUACCUGCCAAGUGGAAUCCCGAACAUUGACGUCUUCCCUGAACCUGUGGCUGUAGCUAAUCUUCGUGGAGAUAUUGAGGACUUUCCAACCCAGUUCAAGUUCCUCUGUGAAACAUCAGCUGCAAUGUUUGUGUUUUGUGAUGAUCUGGAUGUCAAAUGUAUUCCAGACCUUAGUCAACUGAAACUGCAACUCUUCAUUGUCUGUGACUUUCAAUCUGGUUUAAAAAAAGAAGCUGCAGAGUUCCAGAAAUACAACGUUGAGAUUAUAGAAAAGAGAAAAAAUAUGAAUGAAGCAGAACUUGUGGAUAAGAUUUGUUCUGAAGUGAAAAAGGUCUUGAAAUCAGACCACCUCAAAAUUAAAGUGGAGAGUAUGGUGGAUGUUGCAUCUCAGUUGUCUAUCCCAGUGGAUGAAAAAUGCAGUCCUUGUGACACAGCAAAGGAUAGAGCAGCCAGAGUAACAGAGAACAUCAAACUACCUUUACAAGGGACAACUUGGAAGGAACUCACUAGACUGGAAAAAGAACAAUGCAUACUUAAAUUAGCAGGAGAUGAAAAACAUGAAAGCGAUAAGACUGAACAAAGGAGGGAACAGGUGACAAUUGGCAUGAGUGACAGCGUCAAAUGGUUCAUUGAGGGUUUGAAAAGUCCAGAAGAUGAACGAUCUUAUUUCCUCAAGUGGAUGAAGAUCAUCCUGGACAACAUAUCAAGAGCAAAACAUUCUAAACUUAUGAAGAGAGACCAAAGACAGGCAUUUCCUGAGGGUCACCCUGACACCAACAUGAAGGAACUUGUUGACAGAUCCUUGGGAACAGAACACUUCCUGAGAGAAGUUGGUCAGCUGUAUGAAGCAUCUAUGUGUGUUCCUGAAACCACUGACCUUAAACAUCAACUUCAAGAACUGCCAACAAUCUGUGCUGAGUUAAUGUUGGCUGGCUUUCCAUUGGAACUCAUGGAUGGGGAUGUGUCUAACAUCCCAAUGAGGUGGGUAACCGAUGUCCUGAAAGAACUUGACUCUCUCAUCCAACUCAAUAACAAGAUUCGAGUAGUUACAAUUCUAGGGUCCCAAAGCUCAGGGAAGUCCACUCUCCUCAACACCAUGUUUGGAGUUCAGUUUGCUGUCAGCAGUGGAAGAUGCACCCGAGGUGCCUUCAUGCAGCUCAUCAAGGUCAAACAUGAGUUCAGAGAUGUGAUCAAAUGUGACUUCCUAAUGAUCAUCGAUACAGAGGGUUUGAAGGCUGCACAGUUGUUAGACUUAACUGACAACUAUAAACACGAUAAUGAGCUGGCCACGUUUGUGGUAGGACUGAGUGACAUAUCCAUUGUGAACAUUGCUAUGGAAAACCACUCAGAUGUGAGAGAUCUCCUGCAGAUUGUAGCUCAUGCCUUCCUCAGGAUGUCUCAGAAAGAAUCAGGGAAGAAGCCCAGUUGUCUGUUUGUGCACCAGAAUGUGCCAGAUAUCUCUGCUCCUCACAAAAACCGUAGGGAUCAGAAGCUCCUUUUAGAACAGCUCAAUGAAAUGACAAGCGUUGCAAGCAGGAUGGAACAUUUGGGUAAAGACUUGGUAUUCACUGACAUCAUCAACUACAGAGCAGAGGACACCUGCUACCUGCCAGGUCUGUGGUAUGGAAGUCCACCCAUGGCUCCAGUCAAUCAAGGCUAUAGUGAAGGUGUGGCCAAAGUCAAGAGCUAUUUAAUCCAAACAUUUUCUAAUAAAACCGAAGCAGCAGAAACAUUGCUGGAUUUCAGCAAGUCUGUGAAAGAUUUAUGGGAUGCAGUAAAGUGUGAGAACUUCCUCUUUAACUUUCGCAACAGCCUGGUGGCUGAAGCAUACAGCAAGCUUAGUGCAGAGUUUAGCAGUUGGGAAUGGGACUUCCAAAAGCCGAUUUCCAUUUGGCUGUUGGAGGCAGAAACUAGAGUGGCAAACUAUGGUUUGAUUGACUCUCAAGAAGAGAAUCUCCUUGACAAAUUUGCAGAAGAGUUAAGAACUGAAGCUAACCUUCAACUUAAGAGACAUGGAAAUAUUUUUGUCAACAAAGUGGCUGAAUACUACAAAACAGGUGCAAAUUUGCAACUGGUUGAGAAGUACAAGAAUGAAUUCCACAUUGAUACAGAAAGCAGAAAGAGGAGGAUGGCCAAGACAGUGGAGAGAAGAUUAGAAGUUGCUGUGGAUGUGAGAAAAUGCACAUUUGGAGUAGACAGAAUUACAAAAAACAAUAAAACUAUUAUGGAGAAAAAUGUUUCUGAACUUGUUAAGUGUUGUCGAGGUAAACAGAAAAUGACCGUAGAGCAAAUCAAACAAGAAUUUGAAAAGAUGUGGACUGAAACUUCAGAACAGCUCUCAUUUAAAGGUCAUGAGACUCAAAAUGUUCCAGCACUGAUCACCACUGAUCUUCAUGUUAACUUGACAAGGGAAGGUCCCAAAGUCCAGGAGAUGCUAAAUAAAUCAAAGCCUUUAGAGAACUGUGGGAAAGAUGCAUUUAAAGUGAACAGGGCACACAUAAUUAAGAAGCUAUUCAAUAAGAAUUUUUCAAAGAGCACUUUUGAGACUGAAAAGGUUCAAGACAUGGCCAAUGACACCAUAAACCAGUGUCUGACAUUUGUAGCAGGAAAGGUGAAAGAAAAAACUGACUACCACCCAGCUCACACCAUGGAACUACUGGAAUUAAUUGAAAAUAACCUGAAAAAACACUGUGAGUUGGACAUAAGUCCUAAGAUUGCUGCAGCUCUGAAAAUACACAUCUGUGGGCAUGCAGCGAGGGAAUUCCAGAGCAUGCAUGAAGCUUUCAUCAAAGACAAAGACCCAGAAAGAAACUUUUUGGCGUUGAAGCCCCAGUACUGUAAUGACUUCAAAGGCCUUUACUACCAGAAAGAAACGAGGAAAGAGUACAAAAGAAAGGCCAAAGAAUUCACAGAUGAAUCUCUUAAACCAGCAGUCAUGGAGUAUAUCCAGAAAUCUCCCAAUCUGGACAUUAAUGGCAUAAUAAAAGAAAUUGUUGAAUUCAGAACAAUAAGACAUUUUCAGUUGUUCAUGCUUAAAGAGCUAUCGUCAUCUGAGUUCAACAGGUUCCAGGAGUAUAUUAAGAACUAUAAUGAAAGCGCACAGAAUUUGAUCCAGCAAAUAUUGGAAACAAGAUGUAGAAGUAAUAAAAUUGAAAUUGUGAGGACAAUUUGCAGAGAAAUACAGGCUGCUGUUGUGCAAUUAGAGGGAACUCACAUUUCCAAUGGAGGAGACAUAAAAGAGUUCUUUGUUGGUUUACGCUCAAAACUGAAUGAGAGGCUUGUCAUCUCUGACAAUACAACAGGAUUGGUUGUAAAUAAUUUCAGGGCCAGUGAAUUUUCCAAUGUGUUGACAGAAUUAAUUGGAAAAAUGGAAAAAGACCUUCUCCUAAAGGAGAAAUCUGUACCUUGCGGCCCUCUGAAGCAACAGCAGAAAAAGCUGUUAGGCUGUCAGAGAUUCUGUCCACGGUGCAAUGUCCCCUGUGAUAAAGAGGGGGAGAGUCACUGGUGGCACACUGCUUUGACUCAUCGACCACUUGCAUUUGGGAAGGAAGAAAAGUCUGGGAAACUUACCUUUCAGAUGUGCUCACAUACAGACAGUUCCUGGUUUACUAUUUGGAAGAGUUAUUUCAAAAGAGAGGUCCAGCCGUAUGACACCCCAAUCACAGCCACACCCUACUGGAAGUUUAUCUUUGCAAAGCACAAUGAAAAGUAUGCAGAGAUACACAAAUGCUCACCAGGUAAAAUACCAGAAGCUUGGAAAGCAAUCACAAGAGAGGAGGCUGUACAGAGCUUAAAAAUAUGAAAAUCAAUAUCAACUUCAAUCAAUCGACUUUGUUUCACCAAGAUCAAUGGCUCCAAGUGACUUUAGAGUAAAUCUGAUUGGAAUAUGAAAUAUUGAAUUAUUUGUGAUGUAUUGUAUUCUUGUACUCUAACGAUGUACUGUUAUAUUGUAGUUUAUGUUGUUGUUGCACAAUACCUGAUAUAUUAGUAUCGUUGCACAGUGCCUGAUACAAAUAGACUGUUUCCUAACUUCGUGUAAUGACAACGUGAAAGUGUACAAAGGUGACUUGGGCUUAAGAUGAACUACAUUUAGUCAUUUAGCAGACGCUCUUAUCCAGAGCUGGACAAAUAUGGCCCUUUAACCUGUACAUAUAUUGUUAGAGGACAAAUGGACAACAUGUUUUAGUUAUGUUUGAUACAUUCACACAGCUUAUGAGUUUUUGAGAUAAAUCUUUUCUGUUACUAAUAUCUCCACAAGUAAUUCAAAUGUUUUUAUUUGUUGACUGAGGAUUAUAAGGCCCUAAUGUUUUUUUGUUGAAUUAAAAUGACAAUGUUAUUGUUCAAUGAUGUAGAUUAUGUCGUAUUUUACAUAUGGUUACAUAUGGUUAUAGAUAAACAUACAGUUUAUCUGUCUGAUUUAUAUAAAGAUUGUUUUCGAGGAUAAAUACACUUUACUAAACAUUGUAAAUGGUAACAUUAUCUACUGAUUGCUUUAUGGAUAUUACAAUCAAUACAAACAAUCAAAUCAUGUGUAAAAUGAUUUGGGCUCAAAUAAAAAAGUGUGUUGAAAGACACCGUGGAGUUUGUUACUUCAU